CUUCCUCACCUCAGCUGCCGUUGCCUCUUCCUCUUUACGGUAGUUCUCUUUUCUCUUUGAUUUCGUUAGUAUUAUAUCCAGAUAUGAAUCGAUGCGGAUAUAAGCCAAAAAAAUAUCUAGCUAGUAGUAUAUUUGUUGAUUCCUUGAAUUUCUCAAGUUUAAAUUCUUUACGAGCUGAAUCCUAAUUUAUUUUACAUAUAUUGGAGUGGCGCACUAAUCUUCUUGAACUUGCACCUCACAGUCAAUAGUUUAAUUAGCCAAAAAUAAUGUUGACAUAUUCGAUUUUGGCGUUGCUCGAUUGGGAUGGAGAAGAUAUAAUGAUCGACCAGUCAAUAUUUGGUAUGGGAGGAAUUGGAAAAAAACUUCGUCCACUUGCAGUCAAGUUCAUUUAAACAGAAAUUGGAUGCAGCUAAAGGCUCCAAAUAUUCUGUUCUGAAAGCCGACAAGAAAUUGGAGGUUAUACAGGAAACCUUUACGCCCACUAAUGAACUUCAAGAAAUGAUGAAUCUGAAGCAAACAUAUGGUGGUAAUGAUUGUAAUGAUGAAAGGCGUACAAAAAAUAAGCAUGAUAAGCUACAAAAUACAGUGAACAAAGGCACAAAGCGAAUGAGGGAUACAGAAAGUGCUUUACCUAGUGUGGUACAGACAGAUAAGGAUAAGGAUAAGCGAAGAAAGCAAAUUGCUGAGAAAGUUGCAGAAUCGGCAAAUGUACAUGGCAAUGAUGCUUAAAAAGUACAAGGGAAAGGUAAAAAGUUUGCCCGUAAUGAUGCUAAAGACGAUGCCUGUAGACCUUCUGUCUAGAGAGUUCUAUGUCUUUAGAGAGGACCAAGGAAAUUUGUUGAAGCGAUGGAAUCGCUUAAUGAUGAUCAGAGAGAUGCUGUAGAGGAUAUGGGGUUUGGCAGCCUUUUGCACUUCAACUUAACCUAUAUCCCAGCGAAGCUCGCAUUUGAGAUUCUUGAUCAUUUUGAUCAAGAUACAUGCGGUGUAGUAUACCAAUGUGGUAUACCAAUGUGGUAUACUACAUAUUGGGCAUGAUGAUGUGCGGGCUACUUUGGGGUUGCCAAAUGGUGGUUUGAGUUUAGAGGAUAAUGGACGUCAAAAGACCAACAGGUUCAUAAACAAGAUUGCUGAAUCUGUCGGUCAAAAGAGGUCUAAAAUGGGUGUAAAGAUGCUUACAUAUAUGAUGUUAAGUGAUAUCUAUGGAGGGGAGAAGUUCAGGAAGAUAUUCCUGAUUUUGGUUGAUACAAUCUUGAUCAACCCUUCGGGAGAUGGGUAUUUGCACACGCAGAUUGAAGAGGUCAUCCAUGACAUUGAUAAUGUCAAGGAAUAUAACUGGUGUGGGUAUGUCAUUGACAGCCUACUCGAUGCCCAUAAGACCUGGGCUCGAAACAAGGACAAACCAUUCACUGGCUCAAUUUCAUUUCUGGUGCCAUGCUUUGUGGAUAGGAUUGUGCUUCGAUCGAUGCCUGUUACCCGAACAUUCCCAACCAUAAAGGGCUUGACAAGCACGUUAAUGCAUGAACGCGAGAAAUUGGAGCUUGAGCCCGGGCCAUUUGGAAGAGGCAUUGAGGAGCCCAUCUUUGACCCCAGAAGAUGCUACAUGUCUGAAGAACCUGCCAAGGAGAAUACUGUGUCCUCCUCUGGGGCAAAGCCCAAAGAUAUCUCUUUGACAGCCCAACGUAGAAGUAUUGUUGUCAACCUUAUGGGAAAGGUUGCUGACGUCCUAGGGGAGCUGAUGAAGGAGCUCGAAGAUGGGGCAGACGAUCUAAAGAAUAAUGGCUGCUCUAAAGUUGCAGCCAAAUGCUCAAUGAAGAUGAUGGGGUUACAUGAGAUAGAGCCAGAAGAAGAGGCGAAUGAUGUCCAAUCAAUGUCUCAAGCAAUGGAAGAAGAUGAUCUCGACAAUCCAGAGUUCAUUGGUGCUGUAUAGAAGGACCUUCCUUUGAUCUAGGAUUUGAGUUUCAUGAAAGAAACGUAAGUUGACGAUGGGCUGCAUCGUGAUGUUGUGGUUGGAGUGUUGUGUUUUUUUUUCUUUUUUUUAUUUAAAUUACAACAAAUAAACUCCUAUACUAUAGAUAGGAGGAAAUUACAACUGAUGUCAAGAGGGCUCGAAAUCGACACCUCAUGCAAUAAUGUCAAAGCUCCUUGCCGCUAGGACAAAGGCUCUGGACAAGGUUGAUACUACACCGACAAGGGAUAUAGAUCCUGGAAACUACAUCUUUGAGGUUGUGCAGUUCAUGCCUGUCCAACAUUUGGACAAGGAUAUUCCACCAUCAAUCAUCAAUGUUGAUGCUGGACUUAGGGGAAACUUAGAAGUUAAUCUAGUGGAAAAGGAUUUUAAUAUGCCUUGUGUAGUUCAACAUGGAGCAAAUAUGAGAUCGCAUACAGAUAAUGAGCCAAAAGAUGAUGUUGCAAAGGAUUUUAAAACGCUGUGUGUAAUUCAACAUGGAACAAAUGUGAGAUGGCAUACAAAUAAUGGGCAAAAAGAUGGAGUAAAGAAUGCUAAAGUGGCUGCUGAAAUACAGUCAGUUAUUGAUGCUUACAAGGAAAUAGACAUGGAUGAUGAUUUCAUGGAUAGUGGUCCAGUUGGUAAGCCGGUGGGGACUGAGGUCAUUGUUUACAAUGCUAACAAGAUGCAUGGGCUUCCUACCUCAACAACAUGGCAGAAUUUCGAUCAUCGUACUCAUCAAGACGGCUAUUCUUCACCACGUACCCAUGUUUGUACACCAUUGUGACAAAGCCUCAAUCCAUGGAUGUCAACACAGUUAUUGCAAACUUCUGUAACAACUUGGACAGAGAGGUGAAGGAAAUACCAUAUUUCAAAUGGGAAGAUGUGAACACGGUGUUGUUCCCCAUAUGUGCAAAUCAACAUUAUUAUGUUGUUUGUUUUUGCUUCAAGAGAAAUGUUAUUGCUGUAAUAGACAAUUCUGCAAACGGGGAUGACAAUGACCUCACAAUAAAUUAUGGUCACAUUCCAGAAACAUUGAGAUCAUACUUUUGUCACUUCCUCGCCAAGAAUGGUCUCCACGCAUAUUGUAAGAUCAUGUCCAACUCCAAAAUGCAGAGAUUGAAAAUGCCAUGGAGGACAGUUGAUAACGUUGAAGAUUGUGGAGUAUUUCUAAUGCGGCAUAUGGAAACGUACAAGGGUGAGCGAGAAGGUUGCUGGAAUUGUGGCUUGAAGAAAUCAAGUUCGGGUGUGCUUUAGAGCUUGAGGGAUAAAUAUUGUUCGGCGCUGAUGUUAGCCGAAAACAGCCACGAAAGCUUCAACAACAAAAUUGUUACAGCAGCGUAUUAUGAAGAGAAAAGCAAACAUAUUGAAAUUGAUGUUGAGAAAAUG